AUGGGUGCUCUCUACAAGUUCACCAUUUCUUUGACUUUGCACUGGAGGAAAGACCAGAAUGCCCUGUGUAACAAGCGACUUGUGGCCUUAGUGCCAAAUGACACUUCAUUCAACACCAGACGAGCCUACACCAGUGAAGAUGAAGCCUGGAAGUCGUAUUUGGAGAAUCCCCUAACAGCAGCUACCAAGGCUAUGAUGAGCAUAAAUGGUGAUGAGGACAGUGCUGCUGCUCUUGGCCUAUUGUAUGACUAUUAUAAAGUUCCCAGAGAUAAAAGGCUGUUGUCUCUUAACAAAGUGAGUGAUAAUCAAGAAGACCAAGAUAAAAGAAAUUGUCUUAAUACCACGGAAGCUCAGAAUAACUUAAGUGGGGGAGAGAACCGUGUGCAAGUCCUGAAGACAGUGCCAGUUAACCUUUCCUUGAACCAAGAUCCUUUGGAGUCAUCCAAAAGGGAAUACACCACAAAUGUGUCUGGGAGCUCAACACCCAUCACAGGGUCUGCAGUGACUGUGGUUAAAGCAGAGGAGUUCACCCCUGUUUUUAUGACCCCACAAACACACUAUGCAAGAGGAGAAAAUGAGGAGCACCGAGGUGUUAUCUUUGAACCAUACGAAGUGUCCAACAUUGCUCCCCACACAAAUUAUCUUAAAGAUGAUCAGCGCAGUACUCCUGACAGUACCUACAGUGACACCUUCAAAGAUGGAGGAACAGAAAAGUAUCGGAGUGUGUCAGUGGGGGCUGAAGAAUAUAUUUAUGAACAAACAAGCAGCACUUUUCAGUACACACUAGAAGCUACCAAGUCUCUGCGUCAGAAGCAAGGGGAAGGGCCCAUGACCUACUUGAACAAAGGACAGUUCUACGCCAUCACCCUGAGCGAGACGGGUGACAACAAAUGCUUCCGACAUCCCAUCAGCAAAGUCAGGAGUGUGGUCAUGGUUGUUUUCAGUGAGGAUAAAAACAGAGAUGAACAGCUGAAAUAUUGGAAGUACUGGCAUUCUCGGCAGCACACAGCUAAACAGAGAGUCCUUGACAUUGCUGAUUACAAGGAGAGUUUUAAUACCAUUGGGAAUAUUGAAGAAAUUGCAUUCAAUGCUGUGUCCUUUACUUGGGAUGUCAAUGAGGAGGCAAAGAUUUUCAUCACAGUGAAUUGCUUGAGCACAGACUUCUCCUCACAAAAAGGAGUAAAAGGACUUCCUUUGAUGAUUCAGAUUGAUACUUACAGCUACAACAACCGCAGCAAUAAACCUAUCCACCGAGCCUACUGCCAGAUCAAGGUUUUUUGUGACAAGGGAGCAGAAAGGAAAAUCCGAGAUGAAGAGAGAAAGCAGAACAGGAAGAAAGGCAAAGGCCAGACAUCCCAAGCCUCAUGUAAUAAUGCAGCUGAAGGGAAGUUGAGUGCACUCCCUCUGCAGAAAAAGAGUGAUAUCACCUUCUUCAAAACAAUGGCUGACCUGGAUUCCCAGCCCGUUCUCUUCAUACCGGAUGUUCACUUUGGAAACCUGCAAAGAACUGGACAGGUUUACUACAAUACAGAUGACGAGAGAGAAGGUAGCAGUGUCCUGGUCAAAAGGAUGUUCCGGCCUGUGGAGGAAGAGUUUGGUCCUUCCCCUUUGAAACAAAUCAAAGAAGAAGGUCUGAAAAGAGUGCUUUUGUAUGUGAGGAAGGAGACAGAUGAGGUGUUUGAUGCUUUGAUGCUGAAAUCACCCACAGUGAAGGGGCUAAUGGAAGCUAUCUCUGAGAAAUAUGGGCUGCCAGUUGAAAAGAUUGCAAAACUUUAUAAGAAGAGUAAAAAGGGCAUCCUGGUAAACAUGGAUGACAACAUUAUUGAGCACUACUCCAACGAGGACACAUUCAUCCUGAACAUGGAGAGCAUGGUUGAAGGCUUCAAGAUCACACUGACAGAGAUCUAGCCUCAGGCAGAGCCAUUUUGUAAGGAACCACAGCAUUUCAUCCUUCUUGGAAAGCAGAUUCCCCAUAAACUUGACAGACAUUGAUCAGAGAAACUGUUACAAGACUGCAUUGAAAAUACUGUCCAUUCUGCACAUCUGCAGCCCCUGCAGAUAUAGCCUUGGGUUUGUCAAGGACAAGGCCAUUCACAGUAACCUGGUCCCCUAUUUAUUGUUCCUCACUCUCUAGUGUACAAGCAGUUACCAGCCCCCAGAUUUGUAACCAGAUGACCCACUGCAAAUGUGAAAUGCAGCAUUUUAAUCCAUACUUCAGUGUGGAUAAGCUCAUUCUAAAACACAUUCAGUAACUACGCUGGUCUAAUUUCAGAAAUCUGGUAUAAAUCACUUUACCAGUAGUUGUCUCUGUCAUUGCUAAAAAUCUGUUGCAGCGCUAAAGAUGGGCAAAGUGGCUGACAGUUCACUUGCUCAGACUGAUCCAUAUCUCUCUCUACUGUAUAG